AUGGGGUUUAAGGAUCUUCAUCUUAAGAUCAAGGCAUUUCGGCUAAGACAUUUCCUUAUAGGAGAUGGUGGAAAGAAGAAAAGAGAGUCUGAGAAUGGAAAGAAGCCUUCAUGGAUGGUGCCUCUCUCUCAUGGGUAUCAUGUUGUGGAUAUGUACUCACUCCAAGACGAGUCAAGUGAGUUGGACUCGGACUCAGUUGUGGUGCAGAGAGAGCAAAUUGGAGAGAAUAUUGAAAUGUGGUUUUUUGGAGUUUUCGAUGCUAGGAUUGGAGAUGGAGUCUCCAAGUACAUGCAGUCACAUCUGUUUGGUAAGAAGAUUAAAGAGUCUGAAAUGAGGAGAAGGAGCAAAGAAACACUGAGAAAGGCAUAUCUUGGUGCAAGAGCAAAGAUCAGAGAAACAGAGGAGCCAGAAGAAUCGUCGAAAGUGGGUUCAGCAUCCGCCAUUAUUAUCAAUGGAGAAAAGCUUGUGAUAGCAACCAUGGGUGACUACAGAGCUGUUGUCUGUAGAGAUGGUGCAAUACGCCUGGCUAAAGUACGUCUAUUAGGGUGGGACUCCGGAGGUGCAGCUAGAACCAAGCCCACAAAAAACUCACAACUUCUUGUUGGAUCUCAAAGAAUAGAUGCUGAUACUGAAUUUCUCAUCUUAGCAAGCAGUGGCAUUUGGGAGGUGAUGAAGCAUCAAGAGGCUGUGAACCUCAUCCGGCACAUAGACGAUCCACAAGAAGCAGCUGAGUGCUUAGCAAAGGAGGCUUUAACUAGAAUGAGCAGAAGCAACAUUUCUUGCUUGGUCAUUCGUUUUGACUGA